GUUUUGGUGUGGAAGGAAAUUAUUAUCUUCAAAAAUUUUUUUUUAAUAAUUAUACAUUAAUUGCAUAUUGGAAAAAUGUCGAAUUUAAAAACUGUUCUAGGAAAAUUUUAUAAUGAAUACGUUAAUCAUACACCAAAAAAACUGAAGAUAAUCGAUGCUUAUUUAUUGUACAUUUUACUAACCGGUAUCGUACAAUUCGUGUAUUGUGUUUUAGUUGGAACAUUCCCAUUCAAUUCAUUCCUAUCUGGAUUUAUUUCAACAGUGAGCUGCUUUGUGUUAGGAGUAUGUCUACGUCUCCAGGCUAAUCCCCAAAAUAAAGCAGUUUUUCAAGGAAUAUCACCGGAAAGAGGAUUCGCAGAUUUUGUAUUUGCUCAUGUUAUCUUACAUCUAGUUGUAAUGAAUUUUAUUGGUUAAGAUUUAUUUUCAGUACAACAACUAAAUCACAAGAACAAUUUUUGUAUUAAGUUUAAUAAUAAGUAAAACUUACAAUAUAA